UACCUAAUUUUUCCCCUCUCAAAAACAUCAAUGGCCCCACUAACUCCUUCAAUCAAAACCCUAUUUCUUUUGCUUUUUCAUUUUAACCUUUUCCAUAUCCCAACUAUUUAAACAAAAUUACACUCUUUAAUCUUUAUCUUCUUCCUUAAUAUAUUUUAGCUUUAGAGGUUUUCUUUCUAAGUUGCCAAAAAAAUGCUACCACCACCACCACCACCACCUCCUCCACUACCACCUCCUCCAGUCCCUGCCAACCAACUUGCCAUAUCAAAGCAACCAAGAAUCCACCAAAGUUUAACAAUAGACAUACCAACUUACGAAAAUAGAUCAAGAAAACACACAAUUCUCCACCAUCCUCGGCGCCACCGGACGAAUCCUAUCGUCUGGUUUGGUGCUAUUAUAUGUCUAAUAUUCAGCCUUACGCUUAUCUUCUUCGGUAUUGCAACUCUCGUCAUCUACCUAGCCAUUAAACCGAGGACUCCUAUGUUCGACACUCCCAAUGCAAACCUAAAGAGUGUCUACUUCGACUCGCCAGAGUAUUUCAACGGAGACUUCACUUUCCUAGCAAAUUUUUCCAACCCCAACCAGAAGAUCGAUGUAAGAUUCGAAUAUGUCGACAUCGAGCUUUACUUCUACGACAGACUCAUAGGAAUUCAAGCUCUUCAACCUUUUACUCAAAGACAACACGAAACGAGGUUGGAAACAGUUCAUAUCAUAUCGAGUUUAGUUUAUUUACCACAUAAUCUUGCUAUAGAACUUCAAAAGCAGGUGCAGAGUAACAAAGUCAUCUACAACAUAAGAGGAACAUUUAAAGUGAGAGCUAGUCUGGGUUUGCUUCAUUAUUCUUACUGGUUACAUGGCAGGUGUGAAGUAAUGAUGACUGGUCCACCUGCUGGUGUUUUAGUAGCUAGAAGUUGCAAAACAAAGAGAUGAACGAGAUUAUAUACAUUUAUUUGUUUGUUCUUAUUUAAUUUUUUUCCUUUUUUUACGUUGUUUGGAAUGAAAUCUAAAUAGACGUUUUGAUGUCCAAAUGCCUGAAAUUUUUAAUCACAUAACAGAAUUAAUUGUCAA